AUGGUCUAUCAAUGGGGUCCUCACAGGGACGUAUGCUACCGGAUGUACAUCACCGAACGCCAGUCGCUCGAGUCUAUCAUGGAGCACCUGAAGAAGGUGUACCAGUUCACGCCCAGCAAACGGGCCUUCCAAGUUCAGUUCAAGCGGUGGAAUUUUCCGCUGAAGCAGAGGCCUGCGCAUAAGGACCCUCGCCUCGUCAAGCGCGUCCAUGAGCUGUGGCUGAAGAACAUGCCGCAGGGUGAGAUGCUGCGGAUCCUCAAGGACGAGGAGGGCUACGACAUCAACUCUAGGGAACUGAUGCGGGUUCGCGCUCGGAAUCGAUGGCUGCUCAGGAUUCGUCACGGCGACAGAGCGAAACCUGAUGAUGAAGAGGAAGAGCCCGAGUCUCCGGAGGCUCAGGAAGGAGGUUCGACGGCUGACCAGGAGGGAGCCUCUCACCAACCCAUCUCAAAUCCUACCACCCCUUUUGUUCUGACGCCUAAGCCUCGCAAGCUCAGCAAGAGGCAAAGUAGAAGGAAUCGACAGCAGCUUGCGGACGAGAACGACUUGGUCCGAUUCCCCUCAGAAAUGACUCUCAUUGACUGCAAAGACGUGCUGCGUCUCGACUCAACCACCUAUUCAGAAACUCGCGAAUGCUUCGGGCGUAUUUGCCAACAAGAAUCAAUUGUGAAAAAGACGCUUGCCGGACCUGACAAAUGGGAGUAUGUGAAGAAUCGUCUCAUCCACGAACGCCCGCACCUGCAAGAGGUCCUCUGGGUUUCAAAGGAGAAGCUCGAGACGAAACAACUUGCACUGGACAUCAUCUGCACCGAUGUGACCAAACGACUACGCAACAUGGACACCAAAAUGACUCUCCUCGAUGCGAAGAACGUGCUUGGGCUCAACCCAGAAGAGUCUCGCGAGAUCCGCACUGCUUUGUAUACAGUGCUCUGCGAUGCGAAUUUUACCUGCAAGUCCGACGUGAACCCUGGGGAGUGGGAAGAGUUGAAGAGACUGUGGAUGGAAAAAUCAGUACACGUCAAGAAACUCAGUCUAACUGGGGAUGAUGCAGAGACGCGCAAGAGAGUUCGGGCACUUGAGAUCCUUGCCAGGGACGUUAUCAAGAGACGGCGGGAUGACUACAGACACCAAAAUCCUAAGGGCAGCGAACCUGCCAAGCAGAAAGAAGCACAACGGUCACAGACACCACAAGAUGGGCGGAAUCGAGAGCAACUUCAGCAGCCUUCGUCCAAGGAGAGCCCAUCCUCUGCCUUUGCCGUGUCGGAUAGGGACGCCGCGCGGUCUAGUUCGCCAGCUGCCCCUCCGCCGAUGACCGAUGAUGGAUUGGGGGAGGACAUGGACAGCAGCACCUUUGAGCCAAUUCCAGAGGUGACUCGGGACUCGCGCGUGCCGUUCGUGUCGGCGGGGAGGUCUAUGCCGCCUCAACUUCCGACGCCGGUACCAUCACAAACCUCCCUGGCGAGCUCCAAUGGUGUUCUUCCACAGCCCCCUCGAAUGCUGGGUUCAUCGGCCUCGACGCCCAUGUCUGUGAACUCACAGUAUGGAUCACCUCUCUACAUGGGGGCCAACACUCAGUCGGCGUUUAUGGGACAGCAAUACGUUGCACAGCAAUUCUCGCCUGCUCCAAGCACCGCCAUGUUUCAGGGCGUCCCAGCUGUGUCUACUUCCUUUGCGAUCUUCCUACGACUGCAUCCUUCAUCAACGAUUGUCGCCAACACGGGUCUAUGGAUAGGGACAAUGUCGGCGCAUUCAGUUCAAGAACUGCGCGAUGUAGCAGUAGCCAAGUUCCCCGGGGCGAUUUGUGUACGAAUUGAGGGAAUCAUCAAGGACGACAAGGGGACUGAGCUACCACUUCAGAUACAAGAUGACGAGGAGCUGACGGCGUAUUUCGCGCAUAUGCGGGGUGGUUCGCCAACGUUUGCAGUCCAAUUAGUCUAG